UACUUUAUAAGGAUUGAUUAAUUUGAUCUUGACCUGGAUUAUACAGUAUACAUAUAUCCUACUAUGAAAAUGUUUAAUGUGUCAAUAUAUAAAUCUUGUAAAACUUUUCUUGAAAACAUUUAUUAUUUAUUGGUAUAAGACAAUUUGAAGAAUCUCAAAAGAUAUAAUGAUGAUGUAAAUACAAAAGUUGUUUGUCUAAAAAUUCUUGUGGGUAAUAUAAUAGACUUUUUCUAGCAUUUAAAAAUAAUUUUCAAAUGACCAAAGAUAAUGUAAUUGUUUCUAAAUUCACAAUCAUCAUAUAAGACAAUAAUGGUACUUAUAUAUUAUGGCACUGCGCCUGCGAAAUGGAAACCAAUAUUGCGCACUGGUCAGUCUGAUCAGGAAAUUUUCGCGGAUAUAACUCUUUGUAAAAAAAUAAAUAGUGUUUAAUUUUGAAAAAUUUGCCUAGAAUCACCCCAAUAUUAAAGUACAAUUUACAACAAAGGGUUCAGUCGAAGAACUUUAUUUUAUACAUGUAAACAUUAUUAUUUUCCUCAAGCAACUACAUUGGAUUAUUCUUUACCUUAUAUUUUUGCAAAGAAGUCACAUUCCCAUAAUAUGUUUUUAAGAAAUUUCUUUUUAAUUUUUCUUAAUUUCAAACGAAAAGAGUUUGAAAACUUUCUUAUAUUAUACACCUAGCAAUUUUCUUUUCAAUUGAAUUUUCAUAAAUAAUGAAUAAAUUAAAAAUAAUAAUUUGUUCCCUUUAUUAAAACUUGAUCAAUAUGAAUAAGAUGAAAAGUAAACUUUCGAUAUUUUUUGGUGAUUAUGCAAGACUGAAUUACAGUUGAAUAUUAAUAUGUGUGUCCAAUAACUUUCACUUUUAAAUCGCAAUGAUGUGUUGAAAAUCUUUUCAAAUAGAUGUACAGAAACUAUGCGAACGAGUUAUUGUCAAUAAGUGUGUUUAAUAUUGUAUACAAUAAUACUACAAAGAAUCACGAUGAAUGGCAAUCCAAGUUUUGAUGGCUACGAUAUUGAAAGAAUCACAAGCAGCUCCAGUUUGUCGGCUGUAAAUCAACAGAGUCAAGGGGUUGCAGCCCUGCUAGUCAUGCUGGCUGUCCUCCUCUUUAUUUUCGCCUACUGCUGUUGGGGUGCUCCAUUUUGCAGAAGUCUCUGCAAGAAAUACUGUUGCUGUCAAUUGGAGGACCCCGAAUCGGUGGAUGUCAGUCAAUUUAAUAUUGAAGACCGAUCACGAAUGGUUGCUACACCUACUAUCAUUCUUUUGCCGCACGGAAGAAUGCUCGUCGUUGACAGUACUGUUUUCAAUCAAUUUCAAACUGAUAAUACUGGGCUGGAUUUAGUUGAAUUGAGUGGACGUGCUAUUCAGAUGAACGCUGAUAAUCCAAGAAUCAUAAAUCGUCACCAACUGCAAAGUAGUCACGGAAGCAUUUUAACAACAGAUGGUGAAUCACCGAGUAAAGACAGUUUAACGGACAACAGAUUUCCACCUCCAACAUAUGAAAGUAUUUAUGGUGGAAAAGAAGAAGGAUCAGUUCCUCCUUCCUACUCUGACAUUCUACUACACAGAUUCGCCACUUUGCCUUAUGAUAUUGAUGUCAUAGACGCAACCUACGGUGGAAGUAAAGAAGAACUUGAAAUGAGAUCAUUAGGAAGUGAAAGUGGUCAUCGCAUCAUACCAAAUCCAAUAAAUAGUUUUUAUUCAAUGGCCAACAAUUUUUCUAGUCAAAGUAUAGCUUGCGCCAGGAAUUCUUCUCUAAAUCUGGAUGGAUAUUUUUUAAACAGUGCUUGCCACUUUGAACAAGACAUUCAUCCACAAGUGGACAAUAUAAAUUCCAUUUCUUCACUUUACAUCAAUUCGAACGACGAAUUCCCACAAUCAAGAAACGAAACAUCCUUGUGUGAAGAAAAUAAUAUUAAUCAAAAUGGAAUAGAAAAUUCGAGAAACAUUGCCAGGGAAGAGCCUCAGUCGAAUUUUAAUUUAGAACUUGAUGAAACUUUUCGAAAUAAUGAACGAAAUCGAGAUGCUCACACUAGUAAUAAUAGAAUAUUGUCAAUAGAAAAUUUUCCAGAGACUUCAUUUAAUGUUAAUUCAGCAGAUUCUGACGAUCCAAGAGAUUUUCAAGUUUUGCCUGAUAUUCGUGAAAGUCGAGUUUAA